AUGGCUUCUAUCAGCGAAAAAAAGGAAGUCGAUACCACUGCUCCUGAAGCAAAGGAUGUCACUACCUCGCCUUCAUGCAGUAGUGUUGCAGAGGCUGUGGCUAUCAACGAAAAGUCGUUACUUCGCAAAUUAGACUAUCGGCUGUUACCACCUCUCACACUACUAUACUUACUAUCAUUUCUAGAUCGAAGCAAUGUCGGAAAUGCAAAACUGGAAGGAAUGACCACCGACAUCAAAAUGACUGGAGACCAAUACCUAACCGGUCUCACCUUGUACUUUGUCGGCUACGUCCUCUUUGAAAUCCCAUGCAAUAUCAUCCUCAAAAAAGCCUCACCGCGAACAUGGCUUCCGACCCUAACAUUGAUCUGGGGAAUUGUCGCCACUUUGUUGGGUGUUGUCCAAAACUACCCCGGGUACCUUUCCUCCAGGUUCUUCCUCGGUGUUGCAGAAAGUGGAUUAUUCCCUGGUGUAGUGUACUAUAUCUCGAUGUGGUAUAAGCGGAAUGAGCAACAUUAUCGCGUUAGUCUGUUCUUCAGUGCGGCGAGUCUGGCGGGCGCUUUUGGUGGUAUUCUUGCUUGGGGAAUCGCACAUAUGAGUGGUGUAGGGGGUUAUAGUGGAUGGCGAUGGAUAUUCAUUCUGGAGGGACUGGUCACUGUCAUCGCCUCUGUGAUCGCUUACUUCUGGGUAUACAACUACCCAUCGACGGCUGAAUUUCUAUCGCCUGAAGAAAGAGAAUUCAUUCAGUUCCGCUUGAAGAAUGAUAACGAUGCGACGCGAGAUGAGAGCUUCACCUGGUCUGCGGUGCUGGAUGCAUUCAAGGAUCCAAAAGUCUGGCUCUACUGUCUAGGAUUCCACACCAUGUCGCUACCGCUAUACACACUGUCCCUAUUUCUACCAACUAUUAUCAAAGAGCUUGGAUACUCCUCGGCUCAAGCACAGCUACUUUCCGUCCCUCCAUAUGCCGUAGCAUUCGUUUUUACACUAGGUGUCGCCGUCGCUUCGGAAAAGCUUCGCGUCCGUGCGCCCUUUAUCAUGGGCACAUCGGCCCUCGCCUGCAUCGGCUACAUUCUUCUGCUAUCCGACCACAGAGCUGGCGUAUCCUAUGUGGGUACUAUCUUCGCUGCAGCGGGAAUUUAUCCGUCAGUUGCUAUCGUGCUAUCUUGGCCUGCGAACAAUGUUUCUGGGCAGACGAAGCGGUGCAUUGCAAAUGCGUUACAGAUCAGUGUUGGGAAUAUCGGUGCAGUUAUUGGGACGCAGUUGUACCGCACUGAAGAUAGCCCACGGUAUUUCCUUGGACAUGGCUUUGCGCUGGGAUACCUAGUUGCUAAUGUCAUUGUUGUUGGGAUUUUGUGGGUUGUGUUACGGCGGGAGAAUGCUGGGAAGGUUCAGGAAAUGGACGCCAAGGGGUUGAAGCCGUUUGGCAAAGAUAUCGGAGAUGGGGAGGGUGAGUUCUUGGGUGAUCAGGAUCCCCGAUGGGUGUUCCAAACAUAA